AAAGGAGAGGGUCUCUGAGUUUUCCUUGUUCCAGAGGAUACAGACAUUCACACAUCACUUCCACAACCUUCCACAACCGGUUCGUUUCCACAAACGAAGCAUUUAUAGUUUUGGAGAAGCAUGGCACUUUCCGGAAUUCUGAAACAAGAGAACAUCUCCGCUGCUAUCCAGGCUUGCCAAUCUCCUGGAAGUUUCAACUACAAGUCAUUCUUUGAUCAAGUUGGACUGAAGGGUAAAGGCGGUUCAGAUGGGGAGAAGGUUUUCAAGGCUCUGGACCAAGACAAGAGUGGAUAUAUUGAAAAGGAAGAGCUGAAACGCUUCCUCCAGAACUUCUGCUCAGGGGCCCGAGAGCUCAGCGAGGCUGAGACCAACACUCUCCUGGCAGCUGGAGAUUGUGAUGGAGAUGGCAAAAUUGGGAUGGAAGAAUUCUGCGCCUUGCUGAAAUGAAAAUGCGGCCUGAGCUUCCAGGCGGAUUCAUUUCACGCGUUUCUCUUAUUUAUUUCGCAUGUAUCAUCGGUGUUGCUUUUCGAUGUGUGUCGGUCUGCAUAGAAAGUCAUUGUCGUGACUGUUCAAAUCUUGUUUGGGAUUAAAAAUAAAUCAAUUGAAAUUUUCAUCUGUAACUGUUGAUUAGA